AUGAAGGCACGAGGUGCUAUUUGGCGCCAGAUCCGCAAGGUCAACAGAGUCAUAGACCUUAAGCAGCAGGAAGAGGAAGGCGGUGAAUGCAAAGUAAACGCCUUUAUAGGACAAGAAGCGUAUGAUUGGGUCCACGAUCCGUUCUUGGAUGAAAAACACGCAAACUGUCAACUUCCUGGUUUGGUAUGGCCAAGAGAUGAUCAAGAUUGCCAGCUUAUAUACUAUCGCGGAUGGUUCUUUGCAUAUCAUGAUGCAGACACCAAUUGCACGCUUGGGAUAGCAGAAAAUCAUGCUAUUUCUCUCGUCCGAUUCAAUACUAUCCCUCUAGAAUGGGACAAAGAGCAGGAUGGGUUUAAACAAUGGGAUCCGAUGGAUUAUCCUAUUUGUUCACAACCAAUCCCAGUUUUAAAUGAGGGCAGUGAUUAUUACCUUGGUAGUUGGUAA